UUUGUACGUCGUUACAGCAAACCACCAGUCAUAAAGGGCAACACGAUCGCAGUACUGGAUAAAAAUAGCGGCAAAGUACUCAGCACAUGGGGAAACAAUACGUUCCACGUACCCCACGGACUCACCAUCGAUCACCGUGGCAAUGUUUGGGUUACUGACACGGGCACGCACCAAGUUUUCAAGUUUUCCCCGGGUUCGACGAAACCUGCUCUGGUUUUGGGAGAAAAAUUCAAAUCAGGAACCGAUUCAAGUCAUUUCUGCAGACCGACCGACGUCGCAGUUGCCACUAAUGGAUACUUCUUCGUUUCUGACGGAUAUUGCAACAAGAGGGUCAUGAAAUUCGAUCCCGACGGCAAAUUUGUCAGGGAAUACACCCACAAUAUGAACGUCGUACAUGAUUUGGCAUUGAUCGAAGAACGCGACGCCAUCUGUGCGGCAGACAGAGAAAAUGGUAGAGUGGUUUGCUUCCAGGCCAGCUUGCGGCCUUCGGAAGCAGGUACUCCAGCAACCGACCUCAGCAACGACGAGCCCCUGGCGAUUCUCCCGGUAUCCGAGUCCCUGGGCGCCGUUUUUGCAAUCAGCAACCUGGGUGAGAUGAGGGCUUUGUUCGCCCAAUCAGGGAUUUAUUCGUUUGUCUUAUCAUUCAGUCCAGCAAUUUUUGUAGUUCGUCAGCCGCGUGUCUCCAACAAGGAGCCACCGAAUGGAGUUGUGCUAAGUUUUGACAAGGGCGAAAUCAUCGACACCUGGCAGAGAGAUGUGUCAGAAGAAGGCGGAAGUUUCCUGUUGAAUCCUCACGACGUCGUUGUCUCAAAAGACGGGAAAACAGUUUAUGUCGCUGAGAUCGGCCCGAAUCGUCUCUCCAAAUUUAACAUCAAGCACUAGAAAAAUAUGGGCAUCUUAGUCAGCCUUGGAUGAAUUCCCGACUUUUGCGAACCCCAGCAAGCAGUCGGAAUGCACAAGUAUCGGUGCUGGUAAUCGACCCUUUUUAGGAUAUGUGUAAAAUUAAUGAAGAAACGAGAGGGUAUUGAUUGAAAGGCGUCAUCGGAUCGCUGAUUCCACGAGUCAUCAAAAUUCACGCGCAGUGGCAUAGAUUUAAGGAGACACUCUGUAAAUGUCUGAUUGUUUCCUUCAUAAAUCCCGGUGCUUUCUGAAUUCCGAGUUACCAAUAAACGGGACGGACGGAA